AUGCCUAUUGUUGUGAAUCGGAUUAAAGAAUUGCCUGAAUCUAUUGGUUUUCUGAGAAAACUCAAGACUCUUAAUGCCUCUCAUUGUGAAUCGUUAGCCCACAUACCCAGCUCCAUAGGCUCCCUCGUGUCUCUGCGGUGGUUGUCAUUAGAGGGAUGCUGCUCGUUGAGGGAGAUUCCCGACUCGAUCGGAAAGUUGACAUCAUUGACUGAACUGAACCUAUCUGGAACAGGGAUUGAAGAAUUACCUGAAUCCAUUGGUUCUCUGAGAAAGCUCGAGACUUUUGAUGCCUCUUGUUGUAAAUCGUUAACCCGCAUACCCGGCUCCAUAGGCUCCCUCGUGUCUCUAUGGUGCUUGUCAUUACAGGAAUGCUACUCGUUGAGGGAGAUUCCCGACUCGAUCGGAAAGUUGGCAUCAUUGACUGAAUUGUACCUACUUGAAACAGGGAUUGAAGAAUUACCUGAAUCCAUUGGUUCUCUAAGAAAGCUCGAGACUCUCGAUGCCUCUUAUUGUGAAUCUUUAGCCCAUAUACCCAGCUCCAUAGGCUCCCUCAUGUCUCUGCGGCACUUGUUAUUAAAGGGAUGCCCCUGUUUGAGAGAGAUUCCCGACUCGAUCGGAACGUUGACAUCAUUGACUAAACUAGACCUAUCUAACACAGGGAUUGAAGAAUUACCCGAAUCCAUUGGUUCUUUAAGAAUGCUCGAGACUCUUGAUGCCUCUUCUUGUGUAUCGUUAGCCUGCAUACCCGGCUCCAUAGGUUCCCUCGUGUCUCUGCGGUGCUUGUCAUUAUCGAGUUGCUACUCGUUGAGAGAGAUUCCCGACUCAAUCGGAAAGUUGGCAUCAUUGACUAAAUUGGACCUAUUUGAAACAGGGGAUUGA